AACGUACUCACUUGGCAUAGAUGUAGUGUUAGUAUUUUUUUAGUGUAACACGUGAUCUUUUUUUGGAUAAAGCCAUGUGGUCACAACAGAUAAUUGUUGCUUUUCUAUGCGCGUCUCUGGCGUCGCAACAAGUUGCUGCUGUUGUAAAUAGUGGUCAGACUUCAAAAGUAGAAGAAUCGAAAAUAAGUAGUUCCUCCAAAGACACAGAUCUAAUAUCCGCCACCACCGAAGAAAAAGCAAAUCGUCGAGAAGCUCCACUGGGAGACGUGUAUGGACCGCCACUGCCUGUGCCUACUGAUUCGUACUUGCCGUCUGGGACUAGCAAUAUUAACCUGCCGGUCCCUGUCUAUGGAGUGCCGGAUGCUCCGACGAAUAAUAUUGUUUAUCCUGCUCCACCUCCAGACAUUCCGCCGCCAGUUGCUUUACCUUCAUCUUCGUAUGGAUUGCCAUUAAUAUCCACUAACUUUGGUGGGCCCAUAACUGCUUCUAUAAGCACUGCGUAUUUGCCCCCGUCAAAUGGUUUCUCAACAAGCUCUAUAAAGUUUGAGGGAUCUUCGAAAUUUUUAGGACCUUCACGUGGACCAAAACCCAAUUAUGGCCCACCACCACUUCCGCGUCCUCAAUAUGGACCUCCAAGGAAACCACAGUUUACGUCUAAGUACCCGCCCAAAUUUCCAUUUAAAGGAGGCUUCGGAGUUCACAAACAAAUAAAACCAUUAAGUACAUACGGACCACCCACAGGAUAUUUUAAAGAUAAUUACAGUUCGUCGAAAAUAAAAUUUAAUAGUAACGGCCAAAACAAUCUGUUUUCAAAUAUAAACACAUUUGCUCAAAAUUCUUUCUCCGGACAAUCGAGCAUCGGAGGAAAUGCCCUAUUUACGCAAUAUGGGGUACCAAACGUUGGCUAUGGUGUUCCAAAUGUUGGAUACGGUGUCCCAAACGUCGGCAUAGAAACUCACUCCACAAACCUAAAUCUUGGAAACAACCAUCAUGAUGUGUCUAAUACGUACGGAGCGCCAGAUAUAAGUGUUCAAGUUAUUCCAGGCGACUUGGGACAUGGAGGACUUGAAAAUCAACACGCAAUAUCUACUCAAUACGGUCAUCCAGGUGGUGACAUAUUGGGACUACCAAAACCUCAGUAUGGUCCUCCACAACCUUCAUCACAUCCGAAACCACCUCAUCCGGGCGCACCAGCACCACCAACCCCUCCAGACAUCAAAUAUGACGGCUGGCAACCAAUUCCCGGAUUGGUUUCCAGAGUACCCACUACAUCCUAUGGUGCCCCGCCAACAGGACACGGCCAUGGAACGGGGGACCUUGGAUUUAACAAAGACUUAUCACCACCACCUUUGGAAGUUCAUGAUCACCAUCAGCAACCUACUUCAGGUUAUGGAUCUAUCGCGAUAGGAAAUACGUAUAGUGAUAAGCAGGUUGGACUUAGCGAUUCAUACGGGGCUCCUCUUAAUACAGUUACAGGAUCAGGUGGAAUAGUAAGUUCUUCCGGAGAAGAAGUUCAUGGCCAGCACUUGUCACAGAAUAGGCCGGUAAACAUAGAUUUAGGGCAAGAUGUCAACGCUGUUAAAAGCAUAGGAAUUGAUAUUUACCCCAGCGGUUCUGGUUCUGUAGGGGGGCAUGGACAGUCCGCUGUAGAAUACAACUUACAUAUUCCAGAUACCUACAGUGCUCCUCCUUUGAAUUCUUAUUCUUCUUCGGGUCCAUAUGCAGCAGGUCAUUCUUAUAAUAAUCUGGCAACUCUUGGAUCAUCUUCCUUAGGUUUCGGUUCUUUCAAUACAUUUAAUUCUCACCACUCCUUCAACUCUCAAAAAUCUCAUGGUUAUAGAGGGACUGGAUCAUUAUCAGGGUCUGGAAGAGGUUUGAUCCCUCCAAGUGGUGUGUACGGAGUACCACCAAGUGGUCACUAUGGAACGCCAUUAUUUACUAACACGCCACAUGGUCCUCCUCUAAACGCGUUGAAAAUAAAUCCUCCAAGACAUCCAGUAGUUCAUAGAGAACCUGUCCCUCCAGGACUAUUCGACACUGCGACCAAAGGCGGUUACAAACAUCACAGCCACUUAGGUGGCAGUCACGGCUUUGGGGCAACCUAUUUGCCACCACCAGUUCCAGAUAUACCAAAGCCCACACGUGAACGUACACCUCCUGCUCCUUCAUCUUUGUACAGCCUUCCAAAUUCACAUUCAUCUAUUUCUUUCCAAAACUUCGCCCAAGGAUCUUCAUCCGCAGGCCUUCUACACCAAAAUCUUAAUUUAAACCUUGAUGGAGGGCAUGCUGCACUUAGUAGUUACAAUGUACCAUUGAACGUGGUGGAUGGAUCAUACGACCUACCUCAUGCUCAUUCACAUACAGGUACAAACUUAGGCGGUGAAAUCGUAGGUUUAGACCUUUCUCACCCCACUCUGACAAUAGACUUAACCCAGAAUAAUGGAGGUAGAGGUGGGUUUUCGCAAGCACCUGACUGUGCUCAUAAGGCUCAAUCUUUGCCUUCUUUAGCUUACGGUGUCCCAGCUGUUAAUAGUUACACCGCUUCGCUGUCGUCUCUCACUACAAACAUAGGAGGAGCACAACACCACGUAAAUUCUGGACCAACUGUAGACAUAAGCUAUGAAGUUACGGAGCCCCAGUCACAUGGUCACGACAGUUACGAUUUGAGUGUCGCGCACAGUCAGAAAGUUAGUUCGGCAGCCAAAGCGAAUUUGAUUGAGAACGAAAAAAGCGAAGGGAAAGCCUAUGGAAAGACAGUAGCCAAAAGUUUCGGACCCCACAGUGAAUUGUUGCAGUCCCAAAGCAUCGAUCUGAACAAUAUAAACCUACAAGGAGCUUUAGGAAGUUAUACUUUACAGAUACAGUCCGCUGAUGGAGGCCAAAGUCAGGUCCCUCACGAUCAGCUGUUAAAUGACGAACUGCUGCAGUCUAUUUUAGCUGCCAUAGAACAACCCCAGAAGAACGGCCAGACUUUAAGGCAGCCUAUUAUACAGGUCCAGAAGAGUUUGGAGAAAACAAAUUUCGUAACGAAUGAUACCAUACCUACAGUCGUAGGGAAAGUAACCGAUGCCGAGAUUGAACAUUCCUCGCCAUUGCAGUAUGUUGUAGAACCUUCUAAUGAAUUACAUACUAAUGUGACCGAUAAAGUUGAGCAAAUAAGUGAAGGAGACCACGACCAUGAAUCGAACAUUCGUUUGUUACAAGAGAACGGUAUAGCUUUAUAUUAUAGUAAUAAGCAACGGUCGAAGAAGGAAGCUACUGAAGCUAGUCUUGAAAGCAAAAAGCCAAGUGAAAGCACUGGUAAUAGCCAUUAAUUUUAACUGUUGACUGAAUUGGCAGUUACGCUCAAAGAAAUGAUCACCGUAUGUAAUUGUAUAUAUUAUGGUGAUUAUAUAUGGACUCUAGAUUAUUUAUAAUAUUACAACCAUGUAGUUUCGACAAAUAUUUAUUUUUUUUAUCCUU